AUGGCCAAGGAAGGCGUGGAGAAGGCGGAGGAGACGGAGCAAAUGAUCGAGAAGGAGGCAGGCAAGGAGCCUGCUGAGGGCGGCGGCGGCGGCUCUCACCGCCUCGGGGACGCCCAGGAGAUGCGCGCCGUGGUGCUGGCCGGCUUCGGGGGGCUCAACAAGCUGCGGGUCACCAGGAAGGCCAUGCCCGAGCCGCAGGACGGCGAGCUCAAGAUCCGCGUCAAAGCCUGUGGUUUAAACUUCAUUGACUUGAUGGUGCGACAGGGGAACAUCGACAACCCUCCCAAGACUCCCCUGGUGCCAGGAUUUGAGUGUUCUGGGAUUGUUGAAGCUCUGGGGGACAGCGUGAAAGGAUACGAGAUCGGGGACCGUGUCAUGGCAUUUGUCAAUUACAAUGCCUGGGCAGAGGUGGUCUGCACGCCGGUGGAAUUUGUCUACAAGAUCCCAGAUGACAUGAGCUUCUCGGAGGCUGCUGCAUUCCCCAUGAACUUCGUCACAGCCUAUAUGAUGCUCUUCGAAGUUGCCAACCUCCGAGAAGGAAUGUCUGUGCUCGUGCACUCUGCUGGCGGCGGCGUGGGCCAAGCUGUGGCUCAGCUGUGUUCCACUAUCCCCAAUGUGACUGUCUUUGGAACAGCUUCUACUUUCAAGCAUGAAGCAAUCAAAGACUCCAUGACCCACCUCUUUGACAGAAAUGCAGACUAUGUGCAGGAAGUGAAAAGAAUCUCUCCUGAAGGAGUGGACAUUGUUUUGGAUUGCCUCUGUGGGGAUAACACUGGAAAAGGUCUCAGCCUUCUCAAACCACUGGGAACCUAUAUUUUAUAUGGUUCAUCCAACAUGGUGACUGGAGAGACCAAGAGCUUCUUUAGCUUUGCAAAAUCAUGGUGGCAGGUCGAGAAGGUGAACCCCAUCAAGCUCUAUGAAGAGAACAAAGUCAUCGCGGGAUUUUCCCUUUUAAAUCUGCUCUUCAAACAGGGCCGUGCAGGCCUCAUUCGAGGAGUGGUGGACAAACUCAUUGGGCUCUACAACCACAAGAAGAUCAAGCCCGUGGUAGACUCCCUUUGGGCCCUGGAGGAGGUGAAGGAGGCCAUGCAGCGGAUCCACGACCGGGGGAACAUCGGCAAAUUAAUUCUGGAUGUAGAGAAGACCCCGACUCCACUGAUGGCCAACGAUAGCACAGAGACCAGCGAGGCGGGAGAAGAGGAGGAGGACCACGAGGGAGACAGCGAGAACAAGGAGCGGAUGCCCUUUAUCCAGUAACCCAGGACCCAGGCAGGAGAAUGUGAAGGAUGGUUUGGAACAAGAGGAGCCGGUUGAGAAAGCUCUUCUGUACCCCAGUGAACAAAUGCUGUAGUCCACUGUGUGUUGUGUUUGUCUGCAGUCAGCUGAGCUAAAAGCUGUUGAUCACUGUUGUUUUUGAAAUUAAGUGCCAAGCCCAUUCCAUGCAGUAUUAUGUCCCUCCCUCAUCUGUGUAUCACAUUCUCCCCCCUCUCCUACUUCAAAACCAUCCAUCUUUGGGUCCUUCUUGACAGUU